UUACAGCAUUGUCAUCCUACAGAAGAAUCACCAUCGACAUCAUCGUCAAAUGAAAAUCCGCGAAAGAAACCUAAAUUACAAACUACAAUAUCAACAGUAACAUCAGGAUUUCAUUCAACUCAACUUGAAACUUUCCAGAAUACAAAUAAAAUAAAUUCAUUCAAUUCGUCAACUAAUUUUAAUUACGAUUUUAGUCAUAAUAUUGCAAAAGCUCAUUUACCUUUACCUAUAGACCGACGAUCAUUUAAUCCUCAGAAUAGUAAUUUACUUCAAAAUAACUUUCAGAUUCCGGCAAACUUUUCGAAGAUGCCGUCGUUAAAAACGCUAAAAAAUAACGCUUCUCAAUCAAAUUUAUCGAUUUUUUGA